CUGUCGCAUUAAUCACUUUAUUUUUAUUACUGGAGUCAACUCCGACUUUCAGAAUCUAAAAAUGUUCAAAAGACGUUGGAUCUAUAAUCCAGGGUUAUAAUUUAUUAAAUUUACAAAGAAUUAACACCAGUUGGAAUUGCUCCUUUCGUACGGACCAUUCAGAGAUCAGAUUCAGACUAAAGAUCUCCAGCAAGCCCCCAGCACAGCGGAUGAGAAUAAGCUCUAUGCAAACAGCAGACGGAGGGGAUUCUCUCAGUAGUGGAUGCUCCAGUUUGUGGAUGUGUUUAAAGAAGUGAACAAAAAAAAAAUGGAAGGAAUGUUGGACGAUGAGCCGGAGGAGCCCAGCGAGUUAGUGAUGGAAUGGCUGGAGGGUUUUCAUCUCUCACACGAUGCUCUGUACGAAUUGAAAGUAGUUCUGGAGAGGCGUCAGUUGAAGGAUAUCUCUACAGCGAUGUCAUCUGAAGCCAAGCUGGUCAUCCAUCAGCUCAAAGAGGAGAAUCAAUCUCAGAUACAUAAAAACCGACCGAGGCAGGAGGCCGAUGUAAAACAUCAUGCACCAAAGCAUCGGAAAUCCAUCCAAAAGGCACCAAAAAGUGGGAAAACGAAAAGAUUUGCAGAAACCUUCACGAAGAAUUUAUCCUUCCGUCUAGACGGGGAUAUCACGGAACCAUCGCGCUCCGAGGAGGAUGUCACGAAGAGAUCGCUCACUGGAGACCACAUCGAGGUCACCAUGGAAACGGUAGAAAUUGUCGAUUCUGAGGCACCGCCUAAGGAGGAUGAUACGGAUGAGAUUGCGAUUGAUGAGAUGGCAAAACUGAACUCAAUAGACAAGUGUGUGGUGUGGAUGGAGGUCAACGACAGUGACGGCGACUCACGGGUGACGAAGAAGGAGCACGAGGUCACGUGACCGACUUUCUAUUACCGAAUAUACGUACUUCCUGUUCAUUAAAGUGGAACGUUAACAUGACAAUUAAGUAAGCACGUUCCAGCCGUUUUGACACAGGUGUAAGUUAUCGAUUAUGUUUUAUUUGUUACUUUUUGUUUAUUUAUGAAACACAUUUAACUGCUGUAAUUCAUGUGUAAUAUAAGCUAUUAAUUAAUGUGACACUUGUAAUAUAUUAAAUAUCUUUACAG